AUGCGUCUCGAUGCAUCGCGCUGUGGUAGCAAAUCGCUAACCUAUGCGCCUCUGGCCCCGCCAGCUACCAAAGCCGACGUCGAAGCACACUUCGCCACCCAUGGCACCGGCGAAAUAACUGAAAUCAAGCUCAUGAACGGCUUCGGCUUCAUUGAAUACAAAGAUGCCAUGGAUGCCCGUGAUGUAGUCCCAGAUGGAUCCGACUUUAUGGGCGAACGCUUGACAGUGCAAUUUGCCCGUGGAACCCGGCAUCGGGAGGGCGGUAAUGGCGGCGGCUUUAACAACGAGCGCGCUCCCCCAAGGCCUCGUCGUACUCCCCAUCGGAUGCAGAUCACGGGACUUCCCACCGAUACCAGUUGGCAGGUCUGUUGA